AUGGCGUCUAGCAAGGACUCGAAGGCCAAAGCCCCCGUCCAGCCAGUGCCCGAAACACGGGGGUAUGAGUUCGGUGGCCCUCUCGGCGCAUUUGUGUUCGUGUUUGGCCUCUCAACUCUUAUCUACAGCUUCACUUUGCUAUGCAACGAUGUGUCGGGCUGUCCUCCUCCGUCACUACUUCAUCCGUCGACAUUGUCCCUUGCCACGUUAAAGGCAGAGGUCGGUUGGCCGGAUGAGGGUCUUCGCGCGUUCUUUGAUAUUCGCGUAACUCUGUGGGUGUUGAGCUACUACCUGCUCAGUCUCUUCCUAUACGUGGUUCUCCCUGGGCAGGUGGUCGAGGGCACGGAAUUGGCUUGCAAAGGACGCCUCCGCUAUAAGUUCAAUGCCUUUUCUUCCGCCGUUUUAACCCUAUGUGGCUUGGGCCUGGGCACAUACGUCUACGGCGCUGAUUUUGUCGUAUGGACCUUUCUUUGGGAUCAUUACUUGCAGAUCAUCACGGCAAACCUGAUGAUUUGCAUGGCCCUCGCUCUCUUCGUUUAUGCGAGAAGUUUCUCCGUCCCUGAGCCUGGUCAACCCAACCCCGAAUUAAGAGAACUAGCACCAGGCGGCCACAGUGGAAACAUCCUUUACGACUUCUUUAUCGGCCGGGAACUAAACCCCCGGGUGCAGCUACCUAUUCCAUUCGUCGAUGAGGCUUCACGAACAAUCGACAUAAAUGUCUGGUGUGAGAUGAGGCCCGGUCUGCUCGGUUGGACUAUCCUCAACCUAUCCAACAUGGCCCACCAAUAUCGAACGUACGGCUAUCUCACAAACUCCAUCAUCCUCUCCACCGCAUUCCAAGCCUUCUACGUCCUAGACGGGCUGUACAUGGAGCCAGCCGUCCUCACCACAAUGGACGUGAUCAUGGACGGGUUCGGCUACAUGCUCUCAUUCGGACACUUGGUCUGGGUGCCCUUUGUUUACAACUUCCAGACAAGGUAUCUGGCGAUGUUCCCGCUGGAACUAGACGCGACAAACAUCCUGUUGAUCCUGGCCGUGACCGGCGUGGGAUACUGGAUCUUCCGCGGCGCCAACAACCAGAAGAAUCGGUUCCGUACCGGCGAUCCACGCAUGGCGCAUAUCAAAUACAUCCAGACGUCUAGUGGGUCCAAACUGAUGGUAUCUGGCUGGUGGGGAGUGGCGCGCCAUAUCAAUUACUUGGGUGACUGGCUGAUGUCGUGGUCGUACUCGCUGCCUACCGGGCUCGCGGGCUAUACCAUUAUUGAGAGCAUCAACAGCGCGGGCGAAGUGCAGAAACAGGCUAUCCAGACUCCGGAAGUCCGCGGGCGCGGAAUCUUUUUUACUUACUUCUUUCUGCUGUAUUUCGGUCUUCUACUCCUCCACAGGGAGAGACGCGACGAGGAAAAGUGCAAGAGGAAGUACGGUGCCGACUGGGAUGUCUAUACGUCUAUUGUUCGCAGCCGUAUCAUUCCUGGGAUCUACUAA